AUGUCUUCCAAGCCUGCCAGUCAGUCCUCUCCGGAGUUUACCUCCUACUACCUUCAACGCGCAACACAAGAGCUCUCAGAGGACCUUGACAAAGUUCGCAACGCAGAGGACUUCAAGGCCGAUUCUAUUCCUUUCCUUGUUCACGCUCUACAACAGGGUGCGGUACUUUUCUCUCCUGGGGACCAGAAGAGAGUGGUUGCUACACCAAAGACCAAGGACGGGGAUGCAUGA